UCGAGACGAAAAAAUGGCGAAAUUUAUUCCCCUUGAUUUUACUACUUUAAUUCAAGAAAAAUGUGAAGAAGAAGGCAAGAAAAAACCAAGACAUCAGACAUGUGAAGAGCAGCAAUCCGAAGAAAUCACAGAAUCAGAGAAUCAACCAUCUGAAACAGAUGAGCAGGGAGCCUUGGGAUAUGACACAGGGAAGACAUUCCCUGUGCCACUGAAGGCAGAGAAGAAACAAGAUUAUAUGAAAGAAGCUAUUGCUCAACAAUGUGUAGUUGUUCCAGAACCGGAUUCUCCUAAAAAGAAAGAGAAACUAAAGGAAAAAAAGGAUGUCUGGCAUGUUUGUCCAAAGGUCAGGAAAGCCACGUAUGCGCAUUACGACACCACAGAACCAAAAGAUGAUGAUGUGAUAAGAAAUAUCAUUAGGCUGAGAGAAAGACUGGACUGGCAAACUACAUUACCACAGCACAGUUUGAAGCAUAGACCUUGUGAAAAGUAUAUUCCAAAGAAUAUAUUAAAGCACCCUUUGGAAGAUGAUGGAGAAUUUGUAUACUGCCUUCCUAGGGCUCAUCCAUCAAAUGCCCUUUACAAUCCAUAUGAUCUUCAAAUUGAUAAUAAGCGUGGGGACAUGGAUGCAGUAGAACUCACACCUACUUUGAGAUGGCUAUCAGAAAGAAAAAACUGCUACUUAUUACAGCAAUUCAAGAUAUUUUCCAGUUUCCGAAUUUAUAAAGCCUUUGUUACUUGGAGAUCAAAUGUUAAAAGAAUUAAGACAGAUAAAAACAAGUUGUUUUUGAACCAUCAUCUUUUUUGGGCUGAUGAAUUAUUUCAAGCCUGUUUACUUCAUAUAAGAGGAAUUUGUGAGGAUGUGAUUAAUCUCAAAGAUAAUAAGCAUGAAGAAAAUCCAUCUGCCAUAUGUCUUGUAAAGCUGGAUCCAUCUCGAACAUACACUCUAGAUGAAUUUUGUGAAGAACAAUUACAGCAAGCUAGCCAAGCACUGAAUAAACUUGAAGAUGUCAGGGAUAAAGCAAUUUUGGAGUUAAAAAGUACAUUCUUAAAGGUAGCAGAAAAGGAAAAAAUCAGAGAGUGUUUUGAGCCUAGACACUCGAAGAGUGGUGCGACGUACUCCAAGAUGCCUAAGUACCGGCGCCUGCUGGAAACCAUUCGCAGGUUUCUGGUGCUGGUGGACUGCGUGUUUCAGGAACUCAUCCGCCAGCUUAUGAACACUGCAGUCACUCUGCUUCUGGAAUUAUUUGAUGGUUCUGCUAAAAUGUCGUUUUCAAAGGAAAAAAAGAAUGAAAAUCUCAUCAGGUAA